CAAGCAAAUUAAAGUCAUGCACAGGCUGUGCAGAAAGGAUGGCCUCUGCCUCAUCUGGUCCAUCAUUCAAGUCAAAUCAGGAUCUAAGCAGGAUCCUUGGAGAGGCUUGGUACAACAUGGAAAGCUGGCAGUGCCUUCUGCUGCUGCUCACUGCCUUGAUGUUAAGGUUCUGCUCCGCAGAGGUGAGGAGAAAUAAUGAUGGCAUCGACCCCAUCAGCCUUCUGAGGGAUAUUUACAGAGGGCCGCCGGUGAGAGGCCAGGCGUUUAUCAGGGACCCUGAGCUUAAAGAGCUGAGGGACCCUGCAGCCGUACAGCAAAGUAAGGACAGAGUGCUCCGUCAGACUGAUGGGCCUGUGGUGUUUACCAAAAACGGACAGAUCAGGGGGGUCACAGUGGAUAAGGCCCAUAUAUUCUAUGGGGUGCCCUAUGCAGAGCCCCCUGUUGGUGCCUAUCGCUGGAAGCCACCCAGACCCUUGAGCCCUUGGUCUGGGGUUUACGACGCCUCUUUCCCUCGGGCGGCGUGCAUGCAGGUCUGCACUGGAUCCACCUCUGCUGAAUGUCCGAAGAAGGUCAGCGAGGACUGCCUCUACCUCAACAUCUUCGUACCUCUGGACCUUAACUUCACCUCCCCCCUGCAGCGGCCCCUGCCUGUCAUGGUUUGGAUCCAUGGGGGGGAUUUCAUUGCUGGCUCUGCCUCAAAGCCCAUGUAUGAUGGACGCUUCAUCAGUAACUUCACUCACACUGUGGUUGUGAACCUGGACUACCGAUUGGGAGCGUUUGGAUUCCUCGUUUCGGGGAAGGAUCCUACGUCCAGCGCGACGGGGAAUUAUGGGAUCUUGGACCAGCAGGCGGCGCUGCUAUGGGUGCAGCAGAACAUUGUAGCUUUUGGGGGCGACCCCAACAAGGUAACAAUAUUUGGGGAAAGUGCAGGCGCUCAAUCAGUGAGUCUCCAGCUGAUGAUCCAGAGCAGCAAACCUCUCUUCAAACAAGCCGUCCUGCAGAGUUUGCCUUUUUCCAUCCCCCUCAAGUCCAGACAUGAUGCCCUGAGGCUGGGAAAAGACUUUGCUAAAGAAACCAACUGCUCUGUGAGCGACUUCAUCUGCCUGCUGUCUCUCACUCCGCAGGCCGUCCUGGCUGCUCAGAUGAAAACAAGUUCUAAGUUGGUGAACCCGUUCAGGUUCCUGGAGAUUUUUGAGACGUGGGGCCCGCACAUUGAUGGAGAGCUGAUUAAAGAGCAGGCUAUCAGCGCCUUUCAGAAGGGAGACUGGCAGAAAGAGAAGCCCCUGCUGCUGGGAACCACCUCAGAAGAAGGAGUGCUCUUUGUUUAUGGGGUCUUCAAUAAGCCAGUGUCUGUGGUGGAGGCAACGGUUUACAUCGCAGCCAUCUUCAAGCAGCACGCUCUGAGGAUCCUGCACAAAUAUCUGCCUCUCUACAAGGAAGCCGACCGCAGAAAUAUGUUAACCCAGAUCGUUACCGAUUACGUCUUUCUGUGUCCGUCCAGGAGGUCGGCGCGCGCUGGCACUGCUGCAGCCAGUCAGGUGUGGAUGUAUGUGUUCGACCACGUCGCCUCAGAUUCCAGUGUCUGGUCGGGUUUAACGUUCUGCUAUGAGCAUGUCUGCCACGGAGCUGAGCUGCCCUUUCUUUUCGACUCUGCCCCAGUGGCCAACUACUCCCUGUCUCUUGCUGAAAAGCUGCUAUCUAACCGGAUGCUGUGCUACUGGGGGGCAUUUGCACACACAGGCGACCCGUCCUCACGGGUUCAGCAGACUGCUUUCUGUCGGGAGCAGCGGCUUCCUGUGUGGCCACGCUAUUCCGACACCAGUGGAUGGCUCGUCAUGAACCUGACUGUGCGGUCGCAUGCGCAGGUUGGAACCAGAAACCAUAUAUGUGACUUUUGGGACCAGUUAGGCCUCUACUAGGAGGAAAUCGACUGGAUGUCAAUAAGAAUGGUCAUAAUUGACAUUGUUUUUUUUAUUAUUAUUGUGAAGUUUUAUAUCUUUAAGCCAAGGAACUAAAGCCAACAUACAGAGACAAUAAACAGACAUAAAGUCCAAACAGUUUAACCUUCUGCUGUAACAAUGCAAUGAUCCUUUCCGUGCAAUAAAACAUUU